AUGAGGCCGACCCAGAUGAUGGAUUGCCAUGAUCUUCCGGUAGUCACGAUGCAUUCUGCUGAAGAACUCGACAGAAGAUUGAGAGACGUCGAAGACUCCAUUUCCCAGAAUCCGGGCUGCGUUCUUUCCCACACCACCCGAAGCCGUAUUCAGUCCGAACUUGCUUCUCGAUUCGACGACCAACAUUGCUCCUAUCACCCCAAACUCCAACACCUGGACAGAGCUUCCAAUUCCGCCUCCAUAGCCGUAUUGCUUGCCCCGAUGUCCCCCUGCCUCGCCCUCUUAUACGCCACCGCGCUCUUCCAAAUUGCCGAGCAUAUAGCCACCGCUUUAGAGUACAAAGCCGUCAUCAAGGAAUGCUUGCGCGGGUUAAUGAUAAGCAUACCCAGGGAACCCGUUGAAGAUUUCGAAGCCUUGGAAAUUGACAUUGCGAGACUGCAGCUCGCAUCUCUCGUUGAGGCAUCCGCGGACAGGAUCCUUUCUCUUGGGGAUGGUAACUGGCCGGGAAAAAAGAGCGAGUUGGAGGUUCUAGAACGGAAAAAGAAGGAGAUCUUUGAGGGGUUCUCGGUAAAACGACAGCCCCGCGGGGCUCUCAAGAAUGUCCUGCCUGACGUAGAAAUGAGGGCUCGAGUUAGGACUUACUGGGAAAACACCACGAGUCAUGAAAAACGAAUGGAAUUCUUUAAUAUAGGAAUCCAAGAACUUGAAGCUCAUUUGGACAAGAAUAACUUGAACACAGCGAAGCAAGUCUUGAAGGAAGCCAUAGAACUCGCUAAGGAGACGAAGAAAUGGAAGUUUUGGCUGUGUUGUUGCUGCGGAGCGAGGUCUUGGGAUGAUAAAUCGAACCUGGAGCACAUUGCCAAUGCGCAUUGUGGAGGUCUGUCAGAGUAUGAACGAGGCCUUUUGCCGCAAGGACUUCCUAGAGAGUUCGUUCAAAUGGUAGAAUCCGGGGAUUGGGGACCCGUGAAUUUUCGUUCAGCCAACAAGAUUAUGAGAGAUCUGUCGUCUACUUCAUACGUCAUAGGCAAGGAAGUAUUUUGUCGAGAUAAGAAGCGCAUUGAAAUCCUUGACAGAAUUCGUUCUUGCCUGCAAUUGUUUAUUGGCAUUGAUUGUUUUGCCCCAUAUCAUCUCCAAAUGUUGCAAACUUUUACAGCAAAAAUGCUGCAAAAACGCUUUAGGACAUCGAUACCUACGGAACAUGUGGUGCACCAGACGCUCCAGUCGAUAUUACUUCUGGAAGCCUCAGAGCUUCAAGAGGUUUUCCGAUGGUUAACAAAUCUGGGUAGUGCUUGCGCAUUGCGUUGUCUUUCUGAGAAUUCUUGGAAAAAAGUUGGCGUGCAAGAGAGGACUGAUUUCUGCUCUAGUCUCCUUUUGGAGCGAUUCUUGGGAGGAGAUAUUGAUGCUGAAAGGACAUCUUCUGUAGAAGAGGUUGAUGCUGAUGCUUUUGUACGUUGGUUAUGCAAGGAAGGUCCUGCAAUUGAGGAUCAUUUAAAGGCAUGGACUAAUCUGAAAGAAACUGCAAAAAGUUCAGGAAUGGAGUUCUUCAAGAUCCUUGGGACCGAACUUCAGCGUCUGCGGAGGCUGUGCCGGGAAAAAAGCGAUAUGUUGCUGAAAGAUGAAGCAAUUGUGAAUGUCCAGAUAAUCUGUGGUGAAGAAGUUGAGAAAGGGGAACGAAAUCCAGGGUACGUCUCACAGUGUUUAGACAGCCUCUUGUUUUGUCGGAAAACUGAACUUUUAGGUCAGGAGGGCGAUUCAGAGAGCGAUAGAACUAGGGCUGAAAUUUGUACCAUAGUUAGCAUUCUGGAGGAAGCAGAUACGGACGCAACCAUAACAAUGGCAAUCAAGAAGCACAGAAUUAAUCUGGCUUUAGAGCUUUCCAAACAAGAUGCUUUAAUCCUGGCAACUAAUACCGCCAUUAGGAACACGGAGCAGAAACUUGGGAUGGUAUCUGCCUUUGACUACGGGUCGAUUCUGGUUAUCCUAUUGAAGCACGCAUACUGGGAACCGGUUGAUAAAGAUGCUGCGGAGAGGUAUAAUGCUGCAAUUCAAGGUUUCUGUCCUGCUGUCAACAAUGGUGGAAAUGCUUCUAAUCCUUGA